AUGACCCUUGCUCUGACUCGCUACCGCCAUCCGCGUUCCGCUCGUGGCAUCGGCUUCAAUGAGCCGCGCACUCGUCGCACUCGCGCGAAGCUUCGAAUCCCGGCGGGUUACACCAAAGAAACCUACAAAGUCGACUGCCUGAUCGAUAAGAGAUACCCAGAGAACUCCGACGAACCGGAGUAUCUUGUGCGAUGGGCUGGGGUGGACGAGAACGGCAAUAAGUGGCUGUCGACCUGGGGGAUCGCGAGCGUGAUAGGAGAUGUCUCGAUCGAGGAGUACGAGGCUAGGCAUGCGCAGCGCGAGCAUGAGGAGAUGGACGUCGUUACUGCAGCCGAGGCCUCCCCCGAGCCCGGUCCCUCUACCAUCGACAACGCCCACGCCCCGGCGCUUCCAGCCACGCCAGCCAUACAGGCAAGGAUGAUGAAGAACACAAAGGACAAAGAGAAGUAG